AGCAAGGGGAGGGCUUCUUGAUGAGGGGGCGGUCAUGGCGGCUGCGCGGCGGCAACGGCGCCGGCGACGAAGCGCGCGCCCGGCUUUGAAUGAGCGGGGUUGAGGCGGAACGCGCGGAGCGGGAGCUCGGACAAGCAAACGCCAGCGCGCGUGCGCGCGCCUUGUGUGCGCGUGUGGCCCGCGGCGUAUCGGAGGCUCCGCCGGGCGGGCGGGAGGGGGAGGGGCAGAGAGAGGGAGAAAUAUUGAUGUGAGAGAGAAACGUCUGUCAGUUGCCUCCCGUAUGCAUCGAAACUGGGGAUUGAACUUGCAACCUAGGUUUUGCUUCCCACCAUGGCUGUCACACAGUUUCGGUUGUUCAGAGUUUGUACCUGCUUAGCAACGAUAUUCUCAUUCCUAAAGAGAUUAAUAUGCAGAUCUGGCAGAGGACGGAAAUUAAGUGGAGACCAAAUAACUUUGCCAACUACAGUGGAUUAUUCAUCAGUUCCAAAACAGACGGAUGUCGAAGAGUGGACUUCCUGGGAUGAAGAUGCGCCCACAAGUGUGAAGAUUGAAGGAGGGAACGGGAACGUGGCAACACAGCAAAAUUCUUUGGAACAACUGGAACCUGACUAUUUUAAGGACAUGACACCAACUAUAAGGAAAACUCAGAAAAUCAUUGUUAAGAAGAGAGAACCACUAAAUUUUGGCAUCCCAGAUGGCAGCACAGGUUUCUCCAGUAGAUUAGCAGCCACUCAGGACAUGCCUUUCAUUCAUCAGUCACCUGAACUAGGCGACUUAGAUACCUGGCAGGAAAACACCAAUGCGUGGGAAGAAGAAGAAGAUGCCGCCUGGCAGGCAGAAGAAGUCCUCAGGCAGCAGAAGAUAGCAGACAGAGAAAAGAGAGCUGCAGAACAACAAAGGAAGAAAAUGGAAAAGGAAGCACAGCGGCUAAUGAAGAAGGAACAAAACAAGAUUGGUGUGAAACUUUCAUAACAAAUGUCCUUCCAAUGUCAUAGUGCCAGUAGGAGAAAUAGGUGACCCACAACCCGAGCAGCAUUUGUAUGGCUGUAAGAGCGUUUUCAGAAUACACACUGCUUGAUUUCAGUGCAUUCAUCAGGCCAUUAAGGACACCGGGAUUCUGAGAGUACUUUGAACUUUAGUGACUGAGACUCAAAAGAGUGGAAAGACUUACGAGACAAUAUUUCCUUCAACAUGCUCCAACAGAAGACAGUGUGUGCUGUAGCGAAGCUAUUACAAAUGGAACAUACCAGUACCUCUUCCAGCUAGUAUUGCUAGCUGAAUAAAUGGGUGUAAAUAAUUUUAUGGUGGGAAAGAACUCUGCUGUCUAUAAUGCUUUUCUUCAAUGUUCAUAAUGAUAAAAUAAAUCAUUUUAAAUAUUUUGUUUCCAUGAUUCCCCAACCUAAAUCAGACAGACCUGCAGGGCUUUAACUUUUUUAUCGUUCCCAGAAGCUGGUGUUGGCAUACAUUUCUUUUCAUUUGAACCGUUACUGUUUAUAUUCAGUACAUCAAAGAAUUCACUGAUUUUGGUUUUCAAAUAUAAUGACAUUAAAUGCAAUAAUUUUAUUUAUCAUAAAAAUUUUGUACAUUUUUGUUUUCUUUAAGAUGGUGUUAUAAUGUUAUUUAUAAUUUAUAUUGCAUGUUUAAACAUUGAAAAUCAGAUAAAAUGGCAACUUUGUUUUACAUUAUUAUAACGUGUGAUUUUUAGAAACUAGUAUCAGUAGUUUUCCCCUUUUGUUGUAGAUUUUAAGAUGUUAUGGUCUCUUUAAGUACCUUAGUUCCUCCUCCCCAAAAACCUUUAACUUACAAAGCAGAAAGUCUUCAGCUCUGUCAUUUCAAAACUUUUAGACGAUUUCUGUAUCACUUUUAUAUACCUGACAUAAUGCAGGUUACCUGUGUUCUGGGCUAAGAUAACAUCGAUUUAUUAAAUUAUAGACCAAGAUAGGAGUAACAGUGAUUUUAUUUUGGAGUGUUGACUAGCUCCAAAACAGUUUUAAGGAAAUAAGAUAGAUUCUGUGUUCACAGGGAAGAUGCAGAUUUAAUAGUUUAAAAUCCUAUUGUUUUCCUCCAUAAUUAAAAUACAUCCAGCCUGAUUUUCUCAGGCUUUAGAAUUUUUUAAGACUUUUACUUUCUUAAAAGUUGCCCAAAAUUAACAUUUGGUCAGUUUUUAAAAUGUCACAGGAACUCUCUGUACAGGCCAGAUAUUGCUAAUAUAUGUGAAUUAAAGUGAUACUUCAUAAAAUGACGAACUAUAUAUACAACAAGAGCUCCCCAAGUUCUUAGCUUAAUCUUCCAGACUAAAUGUGAUUGUGGAAUCAGCUGAAAUCUAACUUUGGUAAAAAGCUUGUUUUUAUAGCCGAAAUCACAUUUUCAAAUACAUGGUUAUUAGGGAGUUUUUGCUACCAAACUCCCAGUAAAUAGAAUUAGACUCAAAAUUUUAAUAAUAUAUAAGUGUACAUUGUCUUCCCUCAUUUGUAUUUAUUAUUUAGUUAAUAUGGGGAAACUACAUGAUUUUCUAAAUUUGGGGCUCAUAAAGCGUAUACCUCCUUGUUAGUACAAUAAAUUGUACUGAUUUUCCCUAAUAUAUAACAAGUAUUGAAGUCUGCUUUAGUUAUAAUUUUCAUGUGUGUGAGAUUUGGGGUUUUAUUUGCUUUCUGUGUUUUUAGAAAUAAAGACU